CCUAACCCUUCUUCCAGUUCGAACAUCUUCUAGUACACCGCCCUUCACUCUCCCCGGUCCGCGCACACAAAUCGAGCACUCCGCAGUCGGCGCCGUGGACCUCAGCCGCCACGCCACCAAUGACUACCGCCGCCGCCGCAGCACGUCUCACCCCCGCCGUCCUGCCCCGUCCCCGCAGGAGGGUCUCAGCGACGCGCGCCUCAGCUAGUGGCACCACCGGGCGCGGAAGGCGGCUGCGCUGUGAGUUCGUCGCCAGCGUCGGGAACGGCGCGCUCUCCGGAGAGGACGACCCUCGCCUCAUAGACCGACAAAAAGCUCUUGAUGCAGCCAUGAAUGACAUAAACAACUCAUUUGGAAAAGGGAGCGUUACAAGAUUAGGCAGUGCUGGCGGUGCUUUUGUUGAGACUUUUCCAAGUGGCUGCUUAACACUAGAUUUUGCUUUGGGCGGUGGCCUUCCAAAAGGAAGAGUAGUAGAGGUGUAUGGCCCAGAAAGCAGUGGAAAAACUACUCUAGCUCUGCAUGCCAUUGCUGAAAUACAGAAGCUAGGAGGAAAUGCCAUGCUUGUCGAUGCAGAGCAUGCUUUUGAUCCAGCUUAUUCAAAAGCACUUGGGGUAGAUAUUGAAAAUCUGAUUGUAUGCCAGCCUGACAAUGGAGAGAUGGCACUAGAAAUUGCGGACCGCAUGUGUAGAUCUGGAGCAAUAGAUCUCAUCUGUAUUGAUUCAGUUUCAGCUCUCACUCCACGUGCAGAAAUUGAAGGCGAGAUAGGGAUGCAGCAGAUGGGUUUACAAGCUCGUCUGAUGAGUCAAGCAUUGAGAAAGAUGUCAGGCAAUGCCUCAAAGGCUGGUUGUACUCUUAUGUUCUUGAAUCAAAUAAGAUACAAGAUUGGAGUAUUCUAUGGGAAUCCUGAAGUCACUAGUGGAGGGAUAGCUUUGAAAUUCUUCGCAUCUGUUCGCCUAGAGAUACGGCACAUUGGGAAGAUAAAAUCUGCCAAGGGAGAUGAAGAUGUUGGUGUCAAGGUCCGUGUCAGAGUGCAGAAGAGUAAAGUCUCCAGACCCUACAAGCAAGCUGAAUUUGAAAUCAUGUUUGGGGAGGGCGUUAGUAAAUUGGGGUGCAUUCUUGAUUGUGCUGAGCUGAUGGAAGUCGUUGCAAAGAAGGGUUCAUGGUACAGUUACAAAGAUAUAAGAUUGGGUCAAGGUAGAGAAAAGGCACUACAGUAUCUCCGGGAGAGCCCAACCAUCUGUGAUGAGAUAGAAAAGGUGGUUCGAGCUAUGAUACCAGAAGGAACAAGGCAUAUGACCCUGCUAGCUUUCGGGCAGUCAUCAUCACCAACUGAAGAGGAAGAAGUAUAUGAUGAGUGAUGAAUAGCUAGCUUAAACGCACUUGAUACAUAUCAAGUUCUGAUGACGAACAGCUGCUAAUCCGUCUGUCUAGCACUACAAUUCCCAACCUUUAGAUCUCAUGGCGACAGGCGAGGCUAAAAGUGGCCUUAAUCGCUAAACCUAAUUGAACAUUCCACAGUGGCAUGCCCUGUUAGUUGGGGUUUUGAUUUGUGAGCUACUGUUUGCUGCAACAGCAUCGCUGUACCACCAUCAUGUAACUUUUGGCGGAAGGGCAUUUGUUGUAAAGAAAUGAAUACUGAUAUUUCCAGAUUAAUGAAGCUGGAAAUUUCUGUCAGUUUUGUUC